GUUUAGUCCCGGGGCUCUGUGUUGCAAUGUACUUGUGACAGAUGCGAAUUUCCACUUUUUAAAAGCAAAGAUUUGGAGCGUGAUAGCAGAAGGAGAAUAUUUAUUAACUCCGCGUGUUUUAUGUUUUCUUUUUGUUGUUUGAUCCCGCGAUGGUGUGAUUUCGGAAGAGCGGUUACUCUAAACAGCUACUCCGAUGAGGGGAAAAAAAUACAUGCGUACGUACCAUUAACAGUUGAAAGGGGGAAUCUGUAAAAAAAUAUACAAGCUUGUUAUGGGUUUAAAGAAUGCAAAAAGCAAAUAGUAUAGUUAUUUGAACGCGUUUUACGAAAUACACUGUAAAUCGCAUCUGGAGGUCAAUCAAGAGAAACAUUUCAUCCAGAGACGGAGUUUACAGCACAGUACUUACAAACACCUCUCAGGACGGUGGAAUUACCUAUCAUCGCAACAUGGCUGCUGCAGGGAUAUUAGGGAAAGUUUAGCUACUGACUUGACUUAAGUUUUCAUUUUAAUUUCUUGAGGCGAAAACGUUGAGUACGCGGGGGGCUGACCUCUUUAGUAUUUCGUUUGGACAGACUGCCGUGAUACAGUCCACACCGCCCGAGGGAGGAAAAAAAAAAGAGAAAAGCGCCCGUUCCCCCCUGUACAUUGUUUUUUUUUUUAAGAGUGCUUUUAUUGUAGGGUACAGUACAUUCUGACUGGAAGAUUUUAUGUUUCCCUUUCCCGACCCUUUCUUAAGUGUAUUCUAACAUUCCCUGCUAUUUGUGGAACAAAGAGCAUUUCGUGGGUUUUGCUCAGAAAGUACAAUGCAUUUCUCCAUUCCCGAGACGGAGGUUCGUGCCGGUGACAAUGGAUCUACCUAUGUGGCGUAUAAUAUCCACGUGAAUGGUGUGCUUCAUUGUCGGGUCAGGUACAGCCAGCUGCUGGGGUUGCAUGAACAGUUACGAAAAGAGUAUGGGAACAACGUCAUCCCUGCUUUCCCGCCCAAAAAAAUUUUCACACUUACACCAGCGGAAGUUGAACAACGAAGGGAGCAGUUGGAGAAAUACAUGCAGGCUGUGCGACAGGACCCAGGGCUUGGAGCCAGUGAAACAUUCAACAGCUUCCUGAGAAAAGCACAGCAGGAAACCCAGCAGAUUCCCACUGAGGAGGUUCACCUAGAAGUGUACCUCUCCAAUGGGCAGAAGGUCAAAGUCAGCAUACUGACAUCAGAUCAGACAGAGGAUGUCCUAGAGGCUGUAGCAUCAAAGUUAGAUCUUCCCGAUGACCUAGUUGGGUAUUUCAGCCUUUUUCUUAUCCGAGAGGGGAAGGAUGGAGGUUGUACAUUCGUACGAAAGCUACAGGAGUUUGAGUUGCCCUAUGUCUCCGUCACCAGCCUCAAGAACCCUGAAUAUCGGAUUGUCCUCCGGAAAAGUUACUGGGACUCAGCAUAUGAUAAUGAUGUGAUGGACAACCGAGUUGGACUCAAUUUAUUAUAUGCUCAGACGGUGUCCGAUAUUGAGAAAGGCUGGAUCUUGGUCAAUAAAGACCAGCAUCGGCAGCUCAAAUCCCUGCAAGAAAAAGGCUCCAAGAAAGAAUUCAUCCACCUAGCUCAGACGCUGAAGUAUUACGGUUACAUCAAAUUCGAUCCCUGCAUCACAGACUUCCCUGAAAAGGGCUGCCAUGUGAUCGUCAGUGCUGGGAACAAUGAGCUCAACUUUCACGUCAAACUUCCCAACGAUCGGAUUAAGGAAGGAAGCUUUAAAGUGACACGCAUGAGAUGCUGGCGUGUCACUUCUUCUCAGGUGCCAGUGGUGAAUGGCACAGCAAAUGGCUCUGGAAAAUGUGAGGUCAAGCUGGAGCUGGCAUUUGAGUAUCUCAUGAGCAAGGACCGCUUACAAUGGGUCACUAUCACCAGUCCACAAGCUAUAAUGAUGAGCAUCUGUCUUCAGUCCAUGGUGGACGAACUGAUGGUAAAGAAAUCUGGCGGCAGCAUCAAAAAGAUGCUGAAAAAACGUCAUAAUGGUUCCUUACGUCGAUCUGACAGCCAGCAGCCUGUGAAAUCCCCUCCCUUACUUGACUCCCCAGAUCCAAACCGUGAACCUAUUGUUAAGCUGUCGAGUAAGCUGACCUCAGUGACCCUGCGAGGGAUCAGCACUUCCAACUCUGCCAAUGAUCUCAGCGGCAACAAUUUCCACGGCAACUAUGCCUUCGAGGGAAUUGGAGAUGAUGACUUGUAAACAAAACCAUUCCAGUUGUAGCCCGAGAGAUGCUGAUGAGAGACAAAUACACAAAUACUGCAAGAUUCUAAGACACCUGAGAAUAAAGCUUUUUUUAUUUUUUUGUUUGCAGAUAUUCUUCUAAAUUAUGUACUUUCAACAUUGGAUUUUAGUCUGAGCCCAGUCACACUUGCUCAAAUGCAGGUUUUGUUAUUUUCUGUAAGUAUUAUAAGCUUAUAAUACCCAGUACAUAAGCCUCUCAUGUUUGUACAGGGUGUUGGAUACAGUAUGUAACAAAACAUUAUAGUUGUUUCAAAAAUAUUUAAGCUGUCCUGCUGCUUUCCAGAAAGGUUUUUUCCAGGUUAAAAUAUUUAGUAAUUAAUGGCAAAUAUUAUCUUUUUAUGUUAUAAUAAUGUUAUAACUUUGAAAGUCAUUGUCAUUUAUUUAGUCUACAGUUGCUAAUAGCUUAUUUGUGUUAUUUUACCUGAAAGUGUUUUUGCAUGGUGUGUAAGAUGGACCACAUGUGCAGUCUGGUGAAGGUAUUCUUUCACUUGAAGAACAAAAUGUCCAUGUGAUUAGGAUAUCCUUUGCAGUAGUUAGCCAGCCCAUGAAAGUCUCUUUCUUACGAUUUCUAAUAAUACAUUAUGGAAUAUCACCCUAUCUAUUAAUAAAUUCAACAUCCUUCAGGGAAUUUCAGAAAAGAAGGUAACAUUUCCCUUGUUAGAAAGUUAGAAACUUUUAUACUAGCAGGUAUGGUAAAAAAAUAAAGUUAAUACGCAGUUUCUUUGCACUUGCAGCCAAAAUCCAAGGUACGAAAUAGCAUGCAGUUUGCGUUGGGUUUAUAAUGGGAUCUAUAAAAUGCUAGAGCAAGCGGCUUACCAGACAGUCUUUCUCUCUAAUGCUUCCAAGGCGCGAGUCUUAAGACUGAAACUGAACAACUUCAAAGCUGUGUGAUACCUAAUGUGACAGUCAUAAACUGCCCUCCUGUGUCUGACAGAGUGGCCUUUGGUAAUCGUAAUUUAACACUAGUGAAACAUAUUGUAUAUAGUUCUUAAAAUAACCACAGCCUUUGUAAAAUGUUCUUAGAAUGUAAAUAGUGUACACGUUGCUCAAUAAGGCCUUCUUAAAACACAGUUAAGAAGUAACAUUUUAUUACCAUUCACACAGUGCCAUGGCAGUUCUUGUACAGCAAUAAGUGGAAUGUGAGUCUGUUCAAAGUGUGCUUAGAAACCUUUUAUGACCAUGCAAUGUGCAGUUGUGCCAAAUUUUUGUGUGACCAAAGUCACUUGAGGGUAUAGAUAGAGGUGCUGCAGAUCAACUUAUUUUAGCUUUUAAUUGGGGGGAACAUUCACUUUAUUAUUACCAGAGAUACUUUCAAAAGGCACCAAAUUCACUUUCCUAGCAGCUGUUUUUGCUUUACAGUAAGAAAGUACAUGAUUUGUUACAUGGUUAUCCCAAAAAUAAAUUUGGAUUUUAUUAACAGUGGACGUCUUCAUUUCUGGACUAGCUUGUGCUUUUAAAAAUUUGUAAACGGAAGCAGCCUCAUAAAUAUACAAUUUAGCUGUGUCUGGUGGGAAAAUGCCCUCUCUUGCUGCCUUACAGGUGUUUUUAAAGCCUUACCGAGCCUUUUCCUCAAAACGUUUGUCGGAAAAGCAGACACAGAAUUGGUGGUGCUGCAGGUUUAUGGCUGUCGCAUGGUAUCAUGCUUCUGCUAGUGAGAGCUCUCUCGUGUGAAUCUUGCAGGAUUUGCUUUUUGUUCGUCAGUUCUGUUGAACAGCUUGCACUUGCUAAACCAAUUUUGCACAGUAUUGUGAAGGAUGGACACGAGUCAACUGACAGUAAUUUAAAAAAAAUUAAAGGACUUUUCAAGAGUUAUGAAAUCUUGGAAAGUGUUUUGGAAGGGCCACAAUCUACAUUUUAUAUAGUUUUGUGUUUCCAACAUGAAAUAAAAAAUCUCAUAAAUGCCAAAAUUAUAGUUUACUAAAGCAUUUUGCACAAAAGAGCAUUAAAAUCUACAAGUCACUUUUGCUAUGUACAUGAAUAAAGAAAAUGUAUUCUGAACAUUGUUACUAAUAUCCGUAUCUUUAAUAGUGUAUUGUAAUCAAAUAGAUCAAAUGUAAUCUAAGAUGUAUGAAAAUAGAAGCUAUCAUUGUUUACAGAAUUGUAGAGAAGUGUAGUCAGAAUGCAAAUUGUUUACAGAUUCCAGUUCAGAUUUUCAACUGCUUGUCUUAGUAGGAAACUGAUGUAUUAGGAAAGUGCAUAAAACAGUGAUUCCAAUUUUUUCCAUAUCUUAAAUUUGUAUUCUUUUGAGUUAAUUGUGUGGAUUUACUUGUGUGCAUUGACGUCUAAAAAGGGCUCUGUAAAACUGCAUAAGCUUCCAGCUGCAUUUGUGUCAGGCCGCCCAGAUAUUUUCUGGGUGAUGACAGUAGCAAACAUGAUGAUUAAAUGAUCAUUUUGUAGCCUGAUGCCAGGUGUGAAAUUUCAAGGCUUAUUCCAUCUUGUGGUCUUUGGCACAGAAUUGCAUGGGAAAGAGGGAACAAUCCGGAUGUACCAGUUCUGGUAGUGUAACUUUUCCUCCUUCAUAUCCCAAGAGAGAAACCACAGUAUUCUAUACAUGAGAAAAUGUGUUUGGGGGGUAUGCUCUUCUUCAGUCAAAAUGUAAUCCCUGACUGUCUCUACUGAAUUGAAUGUGUUCACAAAUACUGUAAGUUUAGGAAAAACUGGUGUUUCAUGGAACAAAAACCAGUAGUUAGAAAACCUUUAUCCCUUUCAUUUCAAAUACCAACUAAACUGUUACAAGUACAAUAGAUGGGAAGCGAGAGCCCUAAAUUUUACCUAAUUUAGGUGCCAAAUGAAUUACUUUUGAAACGGGAUGCCAUUGUAUGUCUUUUUGUGUACUACUUUAAUGUUGUUGUGGUACUUUUUUCCCAACUCUUUAUCUUAGAAAUCCAUAAUAGAUAAAUAUCUUCCCAUCUUUUUUAUCUAGAUCAUGUGGCCUGUUGCUUUUGGGUUGACUAUAAUACCCCCACUAGUACUAUAGUCACUCAUUUGACAUUGGUGCUGUUAUUACAGUAAGGGUACACAAAUCGACUUUAGUUAUUUUGUCAAUUGUUUUAUUAAUCUAGAGUUGAUAAGAAAUGUUAUGGGGGCGGCAUAAAGAAUUUCAUUUUUUUAUUAUUUCAGUCCUUCAAUGUUGAGUUUUACAAAAGAAAUGUUAGACCCAGUCACUACAAAAUAAAAUGUUGUGGUGGUGUUUGGUGUGAGCUCUGAGGUUAAUGAGCACUGGGUCAUACAUCUUUCAAAUAUUCCAGAAUGAUUUGUCUCUCCAGGUCAGAACUGAUGCCCACUGGCAUGGUUGGGUUUGUGUAAGAGGAAAACAGAGCUGCCCAUAACUGCUGCUUGCUGUUUGCAUUUAUUUAUAUAUAUAUAUUAAACAUUAUAAUUCCAAA